GGGGGGGGGGGGGGGGGGCACACCCUCACAUGCUGCUGACAACCUCUACUGCCUGCCUGCCAGCAUUUGAUUGAUUGGUAUCUCAGCCUCUACUGUGCCCUGCCUCUGCCCACUCCUUUCACUUUCAUUCACAUUAUAUUAUAUUAUAUAUAUAUAAAAUUUGGGGGAGGUGGGGUUUGGGUUUGCUCAUUUUUAGUAUCACCUCUGUCUUGUCGUUUUAUUUUAGUGUUUUGAGAUCUCUUGGGUGGAUUUUAGGGUUAUUUGUUUUAAAAGAGAAACAAAUUACAGAAAUCCAAAAUACUUCAAAUAAAAAACAAAGGGAAAGGCUCACAACUAGAGCCAGCUUGACAUUUACCGUACACUUGAGGGGUGGGCGGCGGGCAGUGGACACACGUGGAAAGUAGUAUAUUAAUGAAAUUUAAAUUUUAUGCAACUAAUCUCCUCCUACCAUUUACCACCCAAAAAGAGCCUAUAAUCACCUAAUGUGGCCACUGGCUCCAUCUCUCUCUCUCUCUCUCUGAUUCAUGCAGCUUAGUGGGUGAUGCCUAGUUACUAUCUCCCUAGUUUCUCCAUUCCGGAUUGAGUCAUCUCACCGUCGACCGUCUCUCCUUUUCACCCUCCUCCCAUCUCAUUUCUUUCUGGCCACAGAGGAUGGGUUCUUCUUCGCCCCUCUGUUGAUGAUGGAUCUUAAUCUUAAAGUGGUAUUGUGAAAGUUACAUAGAUCAUGGGUAAUAGAUAGCAUUAGACGUCUUGUCUUAUAUGUGUGUGUGUGUGUGUGUGUAUUUAGGGCACUGGGCACCGUCUUUUUUUGUGUGUUGGGCAGAGGCUUUAUUUUAUUGAUUAGGUGGGUGUGGGUGUGGGUGUGGGGCUCAUUAGUCUUGAUCCUUGGUCCUGCUGCUUCCUUUGCUUUGCUUUCUUUGUUUACUCCAACUCCAACAAGUACUAUUAUUAAUAAUACAAUUAGAUAGAGGGGUGCUUCCCAUUGACAUAAAAAUAAAAAAAAUUUAAAUAAGGAUUCAUUGUUAGUUAUAAUUGAAUAUAGUUAUAGUUUAUUGGGUGUUUACAAUUAUGAGCUAUUCUAAUUGAGGGGUUACAUUACUCUUUAUAUAAAACAUAAUUAACCUAAUUUUAAAUGAAUUCCAAAGUAAAACAAGGCCCAAUAGUGGAACUGAAAAAUCUCUCCUUUACAAAAAUAAAAAAGAUAAAUGUUUUUUAUUUAAGAUAAUUAUGGGUAAUACUUAUAAUGUUUGAAAAAAAUAUAAUGAGCACAUUCAACCCUUGACAAUGGGCACCAUUAGGCCCAAUUGUGGGUAUGUAAUUGAAAGAUUGAAGAUGACCUUUAAACAAUGAGGAUUGAAGAUGGAGAAAAAAUAAGGAAGAUUAAGGAGGAGGUGAAUUGUUGGUCUCUCUGCGACCGAAGAAGAUGAUGAAAUCUUUGUUGGUGGAGUGGAUAUUCCACAUUUCGAACUCUUAUUUCCUCUCUCUCUCUCUCUCUCUCUCUCUCUCUCUCUCUCUCUCUCUCUGUCUUCGAAGUGGCUUAAUUUGUAGUGUGACUUUAAUGUGGGUGACGAGACACGAUGAAUCCCUUUCUCUCGAAUGGGAAGUCAAGUCCACCUUGGUGACGCUAUCAGUGAGGCAACAAGUCAAGGGUUGGCUUUGGAGAUGCUCUCGGAGACACAGAUGGUGUUUCAGAGCAUUGAAACCCCUUCCUGGCGAUGGGUUUGGGUUUGCCAACUAGGGUUUCUAUUGGCAACGACCGGCUAAGGUUGGCAGAAACCAAUCUCUUUAUUUUUGUAAUUUUUGAUAUUUUUAUAUAUAUUUAGGUUAUAUGUAUGUGUUAUUUUUCAGUUAAUAUAUACUUAGGAAAAUAUUUUUUUGUAAUUAAAAUUAUAUAAGAGGGGCGAGAGAAAGUUGUAGAAGGGUAAAAGAGUCAUUUAACUCUAAUUCCUGGAGCCAAUUGAAUGAUCUGAAAACAAAUUGGUUAAUUUAAAAAGUUAUAUAAAUAAUUCAAAUGCCUCAUUAAAAAGGAGUAGAGAUGUUAAACGAAUCAAGUUGGUUCGCAAAUAGUCUAACUCGACCAUUGAGAAUAAUAAUUUUGUAAAAUUUACAACAUUAAAUUGUAAAGACAACAAUUAGUUUAGAAGUUAAAGCAUGACUGAUUUAUAGCCAUUUUAUAGCAAUUAUGUGGCAUAAAAAAUAAAUUCGUUCUUAUAUACAAUAUAUAUUGAUUUUAGUUUUAAGGAAAAAGCUAUUUUGAAAUUCAUAUAUUAUAAUUUAAAAAUAAUAAAAUAAAAUGAAUUUACAAUCUUGGCCUAGCCUGUUGAGCUACCAAUCCGUCUGAGUCGGUCCAACUCAACUUAUUUGACAAGUAAAUUAGUAAAACAUUAAAUGAAAUUAAAAGAUGAAAACAAAAAUAGAAAAUAAAAAGCAAGUUUUUUGUGGGUUCAAAAUUAUUUGUGAAGAGAAAAAUAGGUAAUCAAACACAAUUUUCUCUCCAUGUUUACACAAUUUUUAACGCGAAAACAAAAAAACUAAAAACGAAAGUGUCAAAAAAUCCAAAUAUCGCGUCAUAAUUUGGUGAUUUAUUUAAUCCCGAAUUCAAGAAUAAUUAGAACCACAAUCAAAGAACCAAAUGAAAAAAGGGAUUUUUAUUUUUUAGUGAUCGUAAAUCAGCAUCGAAAACACUGUAUUUUUUGUGAAGAAAGUUUUUGAGGGCCUGGCGGCAUUGGGGAUUGCCUGCAAAGAGAAACAAAAAUGCAUGUAACAGCUCACACUAAAACAAUGCAUCCUCAUGAGUUUCCCCUGCAGCCAGCAGCUACUAAAAGCAGGCAAACCAGCCAUACAAAUUUUCUCCACACAAAAACCAUCAAACCAGCAAGCAUGUCUUCUUCUCCCCUCUCCCUGCUGCCCCUCACUGCCAUUACAACCUCUCUGCUUCUUUUCUUUCUCUGUCUCGGUGUCGGUCUUUCCCAGAACACCAGCAGCUUGCCCGCCAUUGCAGGCUGCCGGCAGCUUCUGCUGCUGCUGGUUCCAUGCGUGCCAUUUGUGCAGGGCACCGCCCCUUCCCCACCAAAGCCUUGCUGUGGCAACCUCAAACAAUUCUACUACAACCAGCAGCAGCCCGGCUGCCUCUGCCUGUUCCUCAACAAUGGAGCUCUCCCUCUCAACACUACACUUGCCCUGCAGCUCCCACUUCUUUGCAAUCUCCAAGUCGACAUCUCUAACUGUUCAGGGGUGCAUCUCCCUUCUCCUCCGCCUGUUCAUCAAGUUUCAUCUGGGACACACCCCAAUUCUACCAUAGCCGCUACCCCUGUGGUCACAGUGGCACCUAGACCGACAUUCAUGGGAUUUGGGAUUGGCCAGAGUGAUGCCACAAAGUUGAAGAUAAAGGGUUGCCUGUUGGUGCUGGUGGAUGCAAUGGUAAUCCUGUCGCUGGAAGUACUAUUGAGUCCUGAUUAUAUCUAUUCAGUAAUGUAACAAGAGUGUACUACUUUAGUAACUAUUAUUAUAUUUAAGUGCUCAGCAUUCAUAAACUAGGGUCAUAUUCUGGACUGUUGCACAUCCUAAGCAUCCUCAGACUUAAAAUAAAACCAAAAAGAUUUGAUAAUCUUAUUAGACAUCCAAGACCAGCAUAUUCAAUCUGGUAAUAGAAUAAUCUCUCAAAAAAGGGAGGAAAAAGAAAUUUUAAAUAAAUAAAAUGCAAUGACAAAAAGAAGAA